UUUUUUAAUCUUUAUUUUCAUUGUGGAGCCUUUAUAUCUCCACAUCCUUGUGCAUCCAUCUUAUAUAUAUUCCUUGUUAUAAAUCUAACAAGUUGUGUUCAAAGGAAACACACCAACCACUUCAUUUCAUUUCAAUCAGUGUAAGCAUCCUAAGAUGAGGAGGAGCCCUUCAAAACCUGCAGCUCUAUCGUUGUCUCUGGUUUGGUUUCUUUGGUUGACAGAGAUGAACAUGAUGAUGAUGAUGGCGCAAAGUCAAAACACCACAAUCUCGGUGAAUGUAGGAGUGGUUCUUGACCUGGAGAAUCCUGAAGCCAACAAGUGGUUGAGUUGCAUCAACAUGGCCCUCUCAGAUUUUUACGCCGCCAACUCUAACUAUCAGACAAGAUUGGUCCUCCACACCAGGGACUCCAUGAGGGAUGUUGUUGGUGCAGCUGCUGCAGCUCUGGACUUGAUAAAAAAUGUGCAAGUGCAAGCAAUCCUGGGGCCAAAUACAUCUAUGCAGGCUAGUUUUGUUAUUGAUCUUGGAGAAAAAACUCAGGUACCCAUCAUAUCGUAUUCCGCAUCAAGUCCUUCUCUUACUUCCAUCAGAAGUCCAUACUUUUUCAGAGCUACACAAAAUGACUCUACUCAAGUGAAUGCCAUUAGUGCAAUAGUUCAAGCCUUUGGGUGGAGAGAAGCAGUGCCUGUAUUUGUAGAUAACGAGUAUGGGAAGGGAAUUAUACCUUAUUUAACUGACGCUUUGCAAGCAAUUGAUACCCGGGUCCCCUACCGGAGUGCCAUUUCUCCAGCGGCCACCGAUGAUGAAAUCUCGGAAGAGCUUUACAAGUUAAUGACCAUGCAAACUAGAGUUUUUAUUGUCCACAUGACACCUUCUCUAGGCUCUCGAUUUUUCAUCAAAGCAAGCGAAGUUGGAAUGUUGAGUGAAGGCUACGUUUGGAUAAUUUCUGAUGGGAUGAUUUCUUCUAUAUAUCCACAAGUCACUGAUUCAAUGCAAGGAGUAUUGGGUAUUAGACCUUAUGUUCCAAAAACUCAAGCGCUGGAAGAUUUCAGGGCUCGAUGGAAAAGAAAAUUUCAGCAAGUUGAUGGUGAAAUCAAUAUUUAUGGACUGUGGGCUUAUGACGCUGCCACUGCAUUGGCCAUGGCAACUGAGAAAGCUGGCAUUGCAAAUUUUGGCUUUCAAAAGGCAAAUGUUUCCAACAAUUCAACUGAUCUCUCAACUCUUGGGUUCUCUCGAAAUGGUCAAAGUCUUCUUGAAGCAUUAUCAAACACUCGUUUCAGAGGACUUACAGGAGAUUUCCAUUUUGUUAACGGGCAGCUCCCAGCUUCGGCUUUCCAGAUAGUUAAUGUGAUUGGUGAAGGAGCAAGAGAGCUUGGAUUUUGGACACCUAGAAAAGGACUUGUUAAAAAAUUGAACUCUUUAACGAACACAAAUUUGUACUCUACUUCCAAGUCCAAUCUAGCAUCUGUAAUCUGGCCAGGAGAUUCAACUUCUGUUCCCAAGGGUUGGGAGAUUCCAACAAAUGGGAAGAAACUGCGAGUUUUAGUGCAAAUGGAGGAUGGUUUCAAUGAAUUUGUGAAGGUAGCAAGAGAUUCUAGCACCAACACCACAAAAGUCACAGGAUACUGCAUAGAUAUAUUUGAUGCUGUAGUAAAUGCACUACCUUAUGCUGUGACUUAUGACUACAUCCCCUUCGCCAAGCCUGAUGGUGAGAGGGCAGGAACUUACAACGAUAUGGUCUAUCAAUUGUACUUAGGGAAUUUUGAUGCUGUGGUGGGAGAUACAACUAUAAUCGCCAACAGGUCAUUGUAUGCAGACUUCACAUUGCCUUACACGGAAUCAGGGGUAUCAAUGAUUGUGCCCACCAGAGACAAAAACAGUAAAAAUGCAUGGGUUUUCUUGAAGCCUCUGACAUGGGAUCUUUGGGUGACAAGCUUCUGUUUCUUUGUUUUCAUUGGAUUUGUGGUUUGGGUUCUUGAACAUAGAAUAAAUGAAGACUUCAGAGGACCUCCUUCACAUCAAGUCGGCACUAGCUUCUGGUUUUCCUUCUCAACCAUGGUUUUUGCCCAUCGGGAAAGAGUGGUUAGCAACCUGGCAAGAACAGUAGUAAUCAUAUGGUGUUUCGUUGUAUUGAUUCUCACACAGAGCUACACCGCCAGUUUAACUAGUCUUCUCACUGUCCAGCAGCUGAUGCCCACUGUAACUGAUGUCAAUCAGCUUAUUAAAACUGGACUCUAUGUGGGCUACCAGGAGGGUUCUUUUGUUUUGGGAAUCUUGAAACAGUUGGGGUUUGAUGAAUCGAAGAUCAAGGUGUACAAUUCUACUGAAGAGCUCGACGAACUUUUCAACAAAGGAAGUGGAAAUGGUGGCAUUGCAGCUGCCUUUGACGAAGUACCCUAUAUAAAGCUGUUUCUGACAAAGUAUUGCUCCAAAUAUACCACUGUUGAACCCACAUUUAAGACGGGUGGAUUCGGAUUUGCCUUCCCUAGAGGAUCUCCCCUAGUGCCUGACGUGUCAAGGGCAAUCUUGAACGUAACAGAAGGAGAUAAAAUGAAGAGAAUUGAGCAAAAAUGGUUUGGCAAACAAGGCAUUUGCCCAGAGACAAGCACGUCUGUUUCUUCAAAUAGCCUGAGUCUCCAGAGUUUCUGUGGCUUAUUUCUAAUAGCCGGAGUAGCUUCUGUUUCAGCUCUCGCUAUAUUCACAGCCAUGUUUGUCUAUGAACACAGGCAAGCUCUGAUACCCUCCGAUUCAAUAGCUUCAAUAUGGAGCAGAAUUCUUUAUUUGUUUAGAAUCUUCGACCAAAAGGACUUGAAAUCACACACUUUCCGAAAGAGUGAAGUGAGUGAGAUUCAACUUACACUUCCACCUAGUAUGGGUGCUCCAAGUCCAUCCAUCCAGUCAGUCCACUCAGAUUUCCCUAUAGAGCAGAGAACCUCUUCAGCAGAAUAUGGUGAUCCAAGUUCAAGUGAGCAAGCACCUCAGGAGGUAGUUAUAAGCAUUGAAGUAGCCAAAACGAAUCAAGAAACGCCAGUAGCCAUUGAAAGAACUCGUGACAAUUGAUUUUUAUUGUAAACCCAUCAGCCAUAGUUUUAGUACUGAACUUAUGAUCCGUAAUCUAGACUACAUGUCAUUACACUAGCGCUAAAGUUUUUGUUCUUUC